UGCUUGUAGGUUUCGUGGUUUCUGAAUCUCUAGACUUGAAACCAGGCGGGAAGAUCCUCUUCAGCCUCAAAAGAUGACAGCCCACAGAGAGGUAGCUUCUAUUUGCAUGGAACUCAGAAAUCUCCUGCAAAUCAUGGCUCAACUCAAGCCUCAUUUCCUCCAGAAGCCUUCCUUAAAUCACCUCUCUCCAGGACACAGCCAGGAGGGCCUUAUCUGUACCCCUGGGGCUCCUUGUGGCAUCAUCUGUCCUAGCCAGAUGGACCUGUCUCUCCCAGGAACCUUGAGCUCUCCCAGAUCUCAAGACCAGAGAAUGGCAGGUGAACAGAAACCCUCAAGUAACCUCCUGGAACAGUUUAUCUUACUAGCCAAAGGUACCAGUGGCUCAGCCCUCACUGCUCUCAUAAGCCAAGUUUUGGAGGCUCCUGGAGUAUAUGUCUUCGGAGAACUGCUGGAGCUGGCCAAUGUGCAGGAGCUUGCAGAAGGAGGUAAUGCUGCUUAUUUGCAGUUGCUGAACCUGUUUGCCUACGGAACAUACCCAGAUUACAUAGCCAACAAGGAGAGCCUGCCAGAACUGAGCACAGCUCAGCAGAACAAGCUGAAACACCUCACCAUCGUGAGCUUGGCGUCAAGGAUGAAGUGUAUCCCCUACUCCGUGCUGCUGAAGGACCUGGAGAUGCGGAAUCUCCGGGAACUGGAAGACCUCAUCAUCGAGGCUGUCUACACUGAUAUCAUCCAGGGCAAGCUGGAUCAGCGAAACCAGCUGCUGGAAGUGGAUUUCUGCAUUGGCCGUGACAUCCGAAAGAAAGAUAUCAAUAAUAUUGUCAAGACCUUGCAUGAAUGGUGUGAUGGCUGCGAGGCAGUCCUGCUGGGCAUCGAGCAGCAAGUUCUGAGAGCCAACCAGUACAAGGAGAACCACAGCCGAACUCAGCAGCAGGUAGAGGCUGAGGUUACCAACAUCAAGAAGACACUCAAAGCUACCGCGUCCUCCUCAGCUCAGGAGAUGGAGCAACAGUUGGCUGAACGAGAGUGUCCCCCCCAUGCUGAGCAGAGGCCACCCACUAAGAAGAUGUCCAAAGUGAAAGGUCUGGUCUCCAGCCGCCACUAGGGCUGGCUGGGGCAGCUGGCACUCACCAGGCCUGGGUCAGGUGGGGAGGGGACACCAAGGGCCAUUUCCUCCCCUCUCUACCUUCCACGAGUUCCAGACCUGCCCGUCCCCUCACCAGCGCCGCCCGCACAUUGGUACUGUUCCAGAAGAGCCGUUAACUCCCUUCCCUCUCCCACUCCCUCCUCCCCAGUCGCUCCCUUCAGACUCAGGGGCUCCACGGAUGCCAUCCCAACAGGGCCAGACACUGCCCAGCUUCCCUCUAGGAGGUUCUUGUCUCUGUCUAAGGGCUUGUAUCCCUCCCAGUUUUUCUUUUGCUUCAUGUCAUUUUGUCAGGCUGGUCAUAAGCUGGAAGCAGCUUUAACUGGCCCGCAGGGAUGACUGCGAAGGAGGCCCCUCUCUGCGUGACGGGAGGCUCUCCUUCUCCAGCCCCGUGUGCCACAGUACCCACAAUGGUGCAGGCGCUCUAGCCAGGUAUCAGAAUGCUUUGUUUUCCCUCUCCUGCCUUAUCCCUUGUUGGCAGCUCAGAUCAGGCCGUGGAGGGAUGUGAUGCUGGGCUAUGUUUACUAAACCUGCGGGUUUUCAGCCUCUUACGCCCAGCUCCAAUCUCUCAUUAGUUGGGAGCACCGGGCUGAUUAACCUCUGGAAUCUGAGCACCCGUAGGGGUCGCUGCGGGUCUGCUGGGUGGCAGAAGUUUCUUCUGGCUUGGUGUUCUCCGCUGGCCUUGCUCCGUGCUGCCUCUGACUACUCAGACUGGUUUUUGGUGUGAAGGCCCCGGCUGCCCACUGGGGCUGUCUGCCAACAGUUGUUCUCCCGAGGUCUUUAAUUCUUCCCGGCUGCAUCCGUGGUGGGGAUGGUGGUGUUGAGGCCCCUCUAUCUGGUGAAGGAUCUGUUGCUGCUUCUGUUUCUUUCUUCCCACCCUCCCUGGCUGGUGACCCAGAGCCCUCUGAUGAUGGCAUUCUCCUGGCAAGAGAAAAGGACUUGACUAGCCUUUCUGAACUUGAACAGUUUCAGGUUAUAUUUUAAUUUUUUUUUUUUUUUUGUACAGGUUCUGAUUCUAAUACAUUUCAACAUGCUUUUUUUC